UACUCUUCCUCUUCCUCUUCUUCUUCUUCGAACACAAAGAUAGACCGACAAAAUCUUCUGUUUCAGACACACCCAGAGAGAGAGAGAGAGAGAGAGAGAAGAAGCCAACAAUGGCAGAUUCAAAGCUUGUCUUCUUCGCCUCUGCAUUGUUACUAACAAUGCUCUUCAUUCGCGUGAACUCAUCAAGGUCUAAUGAAACAUGGCAUGAACACGCAGUCGAGCAUCCAGAGGAAGUAGCUGCGAUGGUUGACAUGAGCAUCCGCAACAGCACCGAGCGGAGGAGAUUAGGGUACUUUUCCUGCACGACCGGGAACCCGAUCGACGAUUGCUGGAGGUGUGACCGGAAAUGGCAACUGCGGAGAAAGCGUCUCGCCGACUGCGCCAUCGGGUUCGGCCGCAACGCCCUCGGAGGCCGCGACGGUCGCUACUACGUCGUGAGCGACCCGGGCGACGACGACCCGGUCAACCCGAGACCCGGAACCCUCCGUCACGCCGUGAUCCAAGACGAGCCACUCUGGAUCGUCUUCAAGCGCGACAUGGUCAUAACCUUAAAGGAAGAGCUCAUCAUGAAUAGCUUCAAGACCAUCGAUGGCCGUGGAGUCAAUGUCCACAUCGCGAACGGUGCUUGCAUCACGAUCCAGUUCGUGACGAACAUUAUCAUCCAUGGGAUUCAUAUACAUGAUUGUAAGCCCACAGGUAACGCCAUGGUCAGGAGCUCACCGUCGCAUUACGGAUGGAGAACAAUGGCCGAUGGUGAUGGGAUUUCGAUUUUUGGGUCGAGUCAUAUCUGGGUUGAUCAUAAUUCUCUCUCAAAUUGCGCCGACGGGCUCAUAGAUGCCGUGAUUGGUUCCACUGCCAUCACCAUCUCCAACAAUUACUUCACUCACCACAAUGAGGUUAUGUUAUUGGGACACAGCGAUACCUACACAAGGGAUAAGGUGAUGCAGGUCACUAUUGCUUACAACCAUUUUGGUGAGGGCCUUAUCCAGAGAAUGCCCAGGUGUCGGCAUGGAUAUUUCCACGUUGUAAACAACGACUAUACACACUGGGAAAUGUAUGCAAUCGGUGGAAGCGCUAGUCCCACCAUUAACAGCCAGGGCAACCGGUAUCUCGCACCGGCAAACCCUUUUGCCAAGGAGGUGACGAAGAGAGAUUACGCAGGGCAAUCCCAGUGGAAGAACUGGAACUGGAGAUCGGAGGGGGACCUCUUCUUGAACGGAGCUUACUUCAGGCAGUCCGGUGCAGGGGCUGGUUCAAGCUACGCUCGAGCUUCGAGCUUAGCGGCCAAGUCGUCUUCCCUGGUCGGAAGCAUCACUUCCAAUGCCGGUGCUCUUAUCUGCAGGGGCGGUCGCCGAUGUUAGCCCUCUCACUCUCUGGAGACAGACAUGGAAAUGAGCAAACGAAGCUCCCAUACGGUGGAUAAAGUAUCAUUUUUCACCUCUUCUAUUUUCCAAAUUAGAUAUAAAAAAGUUCAAACAAAGUCCACCAAUUUCAGGCCCUUUGUUUUCUUUUUAAUCUCUUCUGGUUCUUGUGUUACACUUGGAAAUAGUGCUACUUGCAUAUGCAGAGGCCUGAUUUGAAUGGCCUCAACUGUAUUAUAAAGCUGUAAUGAUUAUUCUUUCACCUCCAUUGAUGUAUCUGUGAAGUAAAAAAAAAAGGAGUGAUGUUUCUUGCCUGUGGGUUUAUUUA